AUGGCCACCUGUGCAAGUCCAACCGCUAAUGAAACGACUCGCCUUCAGGAAUUUACCGUUGUCCAUGCCUUCUCUAUAGUAUACUUCAUUAUUGUAAUCGUUCUUGGAACUGUCGGCAACGGUCUGCUUCUCUGUGUCUUCAUUCACAACCGGGCGCUCUGCAAAAAAUCCAUCAAUUUUCUGAUAUGUGCCAACACCGUCGUCAACUUCCUAAUCUCCGUUCUCCUCGACCCCAUCAUUGCUGCGACCAACUUUGUACCGUGCCUCAAGAGCCACCGGGCGUUGUGGAUGGUGCGGAAGUCAUCUGACUUCUUCCUUGGGGUCUGUGCCGUUUCGUCCAUCUAUACUCUAACAGCCGUAGCUGCGAAUCAGUACUUGCUCAUCUCACGACCAAACACCACGUAUAGACGAUGCUGUACCGGUCGCAAGGCUGUGUCGAUUGUCCUUACAGUGAUCUGGCUUCUCGCGUUAGUUGUUGUGAUUUUAUUCAAGUCUAUUGACAAGUGUUUGAUCCGGUUUCCAGUCAACCCAGAGAUCGAAAUCACUUUCCUUUUACCAUGCAUCCUCAACUAUUGUCCUCUGGUCGUCAUACCGUGUUUUCAAUGGGGCACUGUGCGUACUAUCCGAGCCAGUCGAGAAAGAGUCGAAAACAAGGCGGCGCCAAGCGCAGCAACAGUGCCCACAGGCGUACCAUCAGUUAGUUCCCCACCCGAGGCAAGGGGUUUGCCUCUCGAUGGAGGUCCGACUACGUCAAUGCCACUCGAAACUACCAUGGCAGCAGAUAAAAAUGACGACGACGAGGAGAAGAAGGUUCGACGUCGAGGAAAAACCGAACUGCGGACGUUGAGAACGAUGAUGGUGAUGUACAUGAUCCUGGUGGUUUCCUGGACACCGUCACUGAUAGCCGGGGUGAUACCUGUGUCUGAGGGAUCGGAGAAAGUGCUCGACCUUUUUGGAUUAUUCCUGUCCGUGUACCCAGCCUUGAUUCCAUUUGCCUUUCUGUGGACAAACAAGAACUACAGCAACGUGCUAAGAAAGAAAAUAUGGUCUAAGAUACGACCACAAUGA